GGAGGGUACGGGCUGGACUCUGGGAAGAAGGCGGUGGCGGUGAAAGGCGGGGGCGCAGUGGGGGCCGGGCCGGUGUUUACACAGCGGCGGACGGACGCGGACGCAGAACCCGGCGCGGCGGCGGCGGCGGCACGAUGGUCAUGGCGCAUUUCGUCGAGAGUUUUUGGGGGGAAAAAAAUAGUGGCUUUGAUGUCCUUUACCAUAAUAUGAAACAUGGACAGAUAUCGACAAAAGAACUAGCAGAUUUUGUAAGAGAAAGAGCUACAAUAGAAGAGGCGUACUCCAGGUCAAUGACAAAACUAGCAAAAUCUGCAAGCAAUUAUUCACAACUUGGAACAUUUGCACCAGUGUGGGAUGUGUUCAAAACAUCUACAGAGAAAUUAGCUAAUUGUCACUUGGAUCUUGUUAGAAAAUUACAAGAAUUAAUAAAGGAAGUUCAGAAGUAUGGAGAAGAACAAGUAAAGUCUCAUAAAAAGACGAAAGAAGAAGUUGCAGGAACUCUGGAAGCUGUUCAAUCCAUUCAGAGCAUAACUCAGGCUCUCCAGAAAUCCAAGGAAAAUUACAAUGCCAAGUGUGUAGAACAAGAACGUUUGAAAAAGGAAGGAGCUACACAAAGAGAAAUAGAAAAGGCAGCUGUUAAAUCUAAGAAAGCUACAGAUACCUAUAAACUGUAUGUGGAAAAAUAUGCAUUAGCAAAAGCUGAUUUUGAACAGAAAAUGACAGAAACAGCUCAGAAAUUUCAAGACAUUGAAGAAACUCAUCUCAUUCACAUAAAGGAAAUUAUAGGAUCUUUGUCAAAUGCUAUAAAGGAAAUUCAUUUGCAAAUAGGCCAGGUCCACGAAGAAUUUAUAAAUAACAUGGCUAACACUACAGUUGAAAGCUUGAUACAAAAAUUUGCUGAGUCAAAAGGCACUGGAAAGGAAAGACCUGGCCUUAUUGAAUUUGAAGAAUGUGAUCCUGCUAGUGCAGUUGAAGGUGUAAAACCAAGAAAAAGAAAGACAUUUGGUUUGCCAGGAAUAAUUAAAAAGGAAAAGGAUGCAGAGUCUGUGGAAUGCCCUGAUGCAGAUUCACUUAACAUUCCUGAUGUAGAUGAAGAAGGCUAUAGUAUAAAACCAGAAGCAAAUCAGAAUGAUACCAAAGAGAACCAUUUCUACUCAUCUAGUGAUUCUGAUUCUGAAGAUGAAGAACCAAAGAAGUAUCGGAUAGAAAUCAAACCUAUGCAUCCAAAUAACUCACAUCAUACAAUGGCUUCCUUGGAUGAAUUAAAAGUGUCUAUAGGAAAUAUAACACUCUCUCCAGCAAUAUCUAGACACAGCCCAGUGCAGAUGAAUCAGAAUUCAUCUAGUGAAGAGUUAACAAAAUCGAAACCAUCUGCUGCAUCUAAUGAGAAAGGAACCAGUGAUUUACUUGCAUGGGACCCUCUGUUUGGACCAUCUCUUGAUUCAUCAUCUUCAGCUUCACUGGCUUCAUCAUCAUCAUCAGCACAGUCUCUUUAUUUUCAAGAAAGCAUUCUCUUUUCCUCUUGCUACCUGUCUAAAGAAUGUUUUACCCAUAUCACUUUCAAUUCAGCCAGGCCCACAACUCCUCUUUCUGUAGGCGCCAUUGUCCCACCUCCACGGCCUGCUUCCAGACCAAAGCUUACUUCAGGCAAGCUCAGUGGGAUUAAUGAAAUACCCAGGCCAUUCAGCCCACCUGUAAGUUCCAACACCAGCCCACCUCCUGCUGCUCCAUUAGCUCGGGCAGAAAGUUCUUCCUCUAUCUCAUCAUCUGCUUCAUUAAGUGCUGCCAAUACUCCAACAGUAGGUGUGUCACGAGGUCCCAGCCCUGUCAGCCUUGGAAAUCAGGACACCUUACCUGUGGCAGUCGCCCUUACAGAAUCUGUUAAUGCCUACUUUAAAGGAGCAGAUCCUACCAAGUGUAUCGUGAAGAUCACUGGUGACAUGACAAUAUCAUUUCCAAGCGGAAUUAUUAAAGUCUUCACUAGCAAUCCGUCUCCAGCUGUGCUGUGCUUCAGGGUGAAAAACAUCAGCAGACUAGAGCAAAUUCUUCCAAAUGCACAACUUGUGUUCAGUGACCCAUCACAGUGUGAUUCGAACACAAAGGAUUUCUGGAUGAACAUGCAGGCUGUUACUGUCUACCUCAAGAAACUGUCGGAGCAAAAUCCAGCUGCUUCUUAUUAUAACGUAGAUGUGCUAAAGUAUCAGGUAUCAUCAAAUGGUAUUCAGUCCACUCCUCUAAAUCUUGCAACAUAUUGGAAAUGUAGUGCUAGCACCACAGAUCUUAGAGUGGAUUAUAAGUACAACCCAGAAGCUAUGGUGGCACCGAGUGUGCUUUCUAACAUACAGGUGGUGGUACCAGUGGAUGGCGGCGUCACAAAUAUGCAGUCCCUUCCCCCUGCAAUAUGGAAUGCAGAACAGAUGAGGGCCUUUUGGAAACUAUCUGGUGUUUCAGAAAAAUCCGAAAAUGGAGGUUCUGGGUCUCUCCGAGCAAAAUUUGAUCUUUCAGAAGGACCCAGUAAACCCACAACACUUGCAGUGCAGUUUCUCAGUGAAGGAAGCACCCUCUCAGGAGUGGAUGUUGAACUUGUAGGCACUGGCUAUAGACUUUCCCUAGUGAAGAAGCGGUUUGCCACUGGCCGAUACCUGGCGGAUUGUUGAUGGACCGAGCAAAGUGGUUGGCUCGAGGGAGUAGUACACCUGCCAUUCUGCAUUAUCUGUUCUUUCCAAACACUAUUCUAACUUAUGUCUUUAAGACUUAGACAUAUUUGAAAGCUGACUGUAAAUGUUAAGUUGCACCUUCAAAGUGAGUCAUCAGAAGAAAUAGCACUGAAAUGGUUUUCAACGCUGUAAACGAUGAACUGCAAUAUUCAGGAAGCACAUUGAUUCAGAUUCUCAGUAAAAAGUUUUCAUAGGCUGAAAUUUUAAAUUAUCUUUAAUAUCUAUUCUGAAAAACGGGGUUAUAGUGUAAUAUCAAGCCUAAAUUUUCAGGAGAGCAAGCACAAAGUAAUUUAGCUUUCCAUAAGAUUUUAGAGGCAGAGAUAGCUUUGACAUUUUGUAAAUUUGAUAUUGAAUGGAUUCUAAGUUUUGGAUAAUGUUAAUUUAGAACACUCAAUCAAAUUGAGUUAUGUGCCAUAAAGUAAUCAGACCAGAGUCCAAGUUGUAUGCAGAAAAAUUUUAUCAUUUGAUUUUUAUAAACAUAUAACUGUAAAUGGUGUUUUAUAUGAUUUUUUAAUCCUCAAGUGCAAUGUGUUUUAAAAUAAGCUUGCAAAAGACAGAAAUUUACUUCUGCAGUUAACUUUAUAGAAGUUGUGAUUGUUUUGAUGAAUUAAUGCUGUAGAUUUAAUUUAUUUUUAUAUGGAUUGCAUAAUGUGUGCCUUUUAAAACAAUAACAAAAACCAGAAGUGUGCCUAUCCGGUUUGUGUUCAUAAAUGUGCCUCACUUUUUUCCUCACAGUCUGGAUCUUCUAGUCAUAAUCUUGUGGUGGUCAAGCAUAUUACAGGAUAAUUGCAGGUGUUGUAAAUAACUUCGGCUGGAAUUGGGAAGGGAAUUCGGAAUAACUAAAGGAUAAUUGAUACUUAAGAACCCUGGCUCACUUCUUCAGUGAAACACUGUAGCCACUAGAAAGAGAAAGAGCUACCUAAUGGCUUAAGUUUACAGGGGGAAAAAUUACCUUCAGCUUUUUGAUCUUAACUUUAUCAAAAGUGUGUAAAUCUUAAACUCUGAAAAACUAUAAUGGUAAAUUGGUAACUAGUAUUUUAACUCUCAAUUUAACAUUUUCCUCCACUCCAUUUAUCAUUGGAAAUUUAUUUCUUGAAUGUGUUGUGAGCAUGCAUUUUGUAGUAUUUUUGUGAGGAACAUAUAUUAUUAGAGAAGAUUAGUUCUGGCAUUAGAGAAGUCUGCCAUUUGUUUUAAUUUGAACAAUUGGAAAAAUUGCCAAUUUGUAUGUUUUCAAAGUGAUGGGUUGGUUAAACAUUUCUUAAACUAAUAAUUAAAUAGUAAAAAGCCUAACUUUAUAGCUAAUCUUAAUUAAUUGAAGGAAUUAAAUGUUUUGGACAAGGUUUCAUAGAAUCUACAAAUGGUAAUUUUAUUUAUGAGGAUAAAUACCAGUUGUCCUGCAUUUUGCAUAGAAGUGAUAAAUUGUAUUAUAUAUGAUAAUUUAUAUAAAACCACUAACUGUUCUGUUAAGCUUUAUGGAAAGUAAAACUCCUACUAGACAUUUAUGUAACAUGUUGCCAUACUAAAUACAGCAGAAAAUCUACUUGUUAGCAAUGUAUAUAACACAAUAUGUGCUUUUUUAAUAUAUUCAGUGUUAGCCCAAUUCUAAAAUUAGAUUUGACUAAAGUAAUACAGGAGACAAUUUGCUAAAAUGUCCAUCUUUACUAAAUAGUGAACAAAAUUAGAAAUUCCAACUCUUAUAUUGUGCUGAUUUAAAUGCCAAUUACAGUCCCUUACUGAAAACUUAACUGUAACUGCAUAGCAGUCAAAUUUUUAUUGAUCGGUUAAUAUUUUAUUAUGGGAAUUCAGACACCAUUAUACUUACAAUGUUUGUUUUUAAUCAAGUAUUACCUAAAAAUGUACAAAUUAGUGAAGUGGUUUAACUUCUGCACUUUCUUAAUCACCACAGUCUUCAUACCAGGUGUCAAUACAUAGAUUUAUAUUGGGUAAAGGUUACAAUUUUGAAGCCAUAUGUUUAUAUUGACAUGUUUUGUUUUGUUUUUUCAUUUAAAAACCCAUUAAUGUUGUAAAAAAAAAAGAGACCAGUAGAUUUUCAAAGGGAAAUGUGUUUAGCAAGCUGGUUCUUGCUUAUGUAUAGUGAUUAAAUGUUGUAGCUGUCUCUUUAACCAAGAAUUUGUAAACACAGAACUCUAACAAAUGUGAGUUUUUAAGAAUUAUUUACUACUUUGAGUUGUAAUUACAACAAUGCAAAUCUAUCUUACAAAAUUUUGUAAAUAUUUUUGAUUUUUUCAUAAAAUGUAAAUUUUACAUAAAAGUUGUACCAUUAAUAAACAUGUAAUAUAUAAUUUA